AUGCACACCCAAGGAAUGGCCGCAAAUUUUUCAACUACACCUCCCAUGGCUCAACUUAACAGACAAACUCGCACUCCAUCUGGCAUCCACUCGCAAACGAGACAAAUUCUGCAGAAUUUACUGCACCUUCAUAAUUCCCAGGCCAUGAACGGACAACCGCAAGGCCCUCAGUCCAAGGCUAACAUCCAUAGAAGACAGCUCCAGCAGUUCUAUCUUCACAAGCUGUUUGACAGUAUCUCAGAUGCGGAAUUUUUGCCGCUCAUCCCCGGUGCCCCUCAAACUACUUAUAACAAAUAUCCGGACAUGAACAAAAAUCUCAAUCUUGGAAUGUCUCCUAACAUGGCCAGUCACAAGAUGGACAAUCUACAUACUUACAAUAACGUGAAGCCCAUGGGAGAUGAGAAAUUAGGAUAUAAUUCUUACGCGCAGAAUGGGUUAGGCCAUGCCCAAAAUCACCUCCAGAAUACAUUCUCCAGACAACAGGGACAGUAUGAGAAUGGCCAGAACAAGAGGAUGGGAGGCCAGUUUUUGCAGCAACAUUUAUUUGGAGGAAAACGCCAGGAAUACUCCCAGUAUAAGCAGAAUCUGCAAAGUUAA